AUGGCACCGAAGAAGGGCAGCAAGCGCGUUGCCGCAGCUGUGGGCGCGGCCGGCCGCCCAGGCAAGGCGGCGAGGCGCUCGCCCCAGGAGGAGCAGCUGCAUGCCGUGGCCCAGGCCCUCGCGGCCGCCGCGCUGCCCGACGGGUGCCGCGCCAUGCUUCUGGCGGUGCUCCCGACGAGCCUGGGCGCGCCGGCGGACGCGCGGCACGCCGUGCAGGCCCGCGUCGUCGACAUGGUCGGGGAGGCCCUGGCGAGGACGCUCGCGGACAGGGACGCGGCCGCGUCGAAGGCCACCGAGGAGGCAGCAGCGGCGGGGCGCCGCCAGGCAGAGCUUCAGGCUGCGCAGGCGGCGUCCGAGGGCGCCCGCGAGGACAGGGCCAAGGCCAUGCAGGACAAGAGGGCCGCCCUCAGCUCCGCCGACGCCACCCUGACCGAGGCGAAGGUCACGCUCGCAGGCAGGCAGAAGGCCGAGCUGGCCGCGAAGGAGGCAGAGGCGGCCAAGAUGACCGAGUGUGAGGCCUUCGACCUCCUGGUUGCUGAGCACCUUUGUCCCCUCAGGGAGGGCGCGUGGGAGGAGGGCGCGCUGUGUGGGCAGCAGCGCGUCGAGCAGCUGCAGCCCGCGCUGCAGAUCGCAGACCUCGACGCCUCGGUCAGGGCCUCGCUCGGCAGCUCGGGCUCCAAGAGGGCCUCCGAGCGCAGCGCCUUCGACACCCUGGUACUCGAGCAGGUUGCCACCAGCCUGUUCGAGAAGGCCGCCGCGCUCCGCAGGGAGCUCGCGGAGAGGGCGGCGGGCCUCGCCGAGGCGGGCGCGUGCGUGGCGGCGCAGGCCUCGGAGGUGGACACGGCGGAGGGGGCGGCGCAGGAGUGCAGGGCCGCCUUCGAGCAGGCCCUGGCCCAGCUGCACGAGAGCGAGGCCCAGGCCAAGGCCGCUGCGCAGGAGCUGCAGGCCUUCGCCGCGGAGGUCCAGAGGGCCUCGCAGGCCUCGGAGGCGGCCCACGGCAACCUCGAGCUCUUCCGGGCGGGCCCGCUCGCGGCCUACGAGGCGCUCCGGCACUUCGAUUCCAAGGGCGCCGAGGCGGCGAGGGCGGCCACGGCGGCGUCGAAAGAGACCCUCGCGUGCGUCACCGCGGGCGGCGCCUGA